UGCUGUUAAGUGCCGUGGUGUGUGUGCUGAUCCAAGGGACAGACAGAUGACAUCUCGUAUCAGCCUUGUGUGAGUAUAAGUAAGAGAUCCCAGCAUAAUGGACACUGUCGUCAUCAACCGCUACCCACAAGUUGAAGCUUCCGUCGUCUGAUAUCUGGCUCUGAACCGGCCUUUAGCUAGCUUAUCUCCUCUGCAGCGCUCUGCUUCUUCUUGCUGCUGCUAUCGAGAUUGAUCUAAUUACCAAACAAGGAUUGAGUUGAGAUUCGAUGGCUCAGAUCAAGGUGGUGCUGAGGGUACCCGCCAUGAUGGACGAGAAAUCCAAGCAGAAAGCCAUCGAGGCCGUCGCCGACGUCUACGGAGUCGACUCCAUAGGCGCGGACCUCAAGGACAACAAGAUGACCGUCGUCGGCAACAUGGACACGGUCGCCAUCGCCAAGAAGCUCAAGAAGCUCGGCAAGAUCGACAUCGUCUCCGUCGGCCCGGCCAAGGAGGAGAAGAAGCCCGCGCCGGCGCCCGCGGACAAGAAGCCGGCUGACGACAAGAAGAAGCCGACGGCUCCGGCGCCGGCGGACGACAAGAAGAAGGAAGCCAAGAAAGAUGACAAGAAAUGAAAUGAAAAGCAAUCAAAUACACUGGCGAGCCGGCUGAAGAAAACGAAAAAGAAGAAGAAGAAGAAAUUCUCACGCAAACGGCAACGAAGGUCUCUUUUGACAUUUGAGUCUCCGUCGUUGCGAACUCUGUGCUGGAGAAAAGUCAGAAAUCAAAUCGAGUACGGAGACACGGAGUAGAGUGGAAUCGUAUCGGAUCAGUGUGUUCAUGUGCCUCCGGCUUGCUUCGCAAUUAAUUAGACCUGCUCAAAUGACAUGUUUCACUAUGUGACGGCUUCCUGCCGAAAUAAAUUAUGUGACAUUACUUUGAGAAUCGUGACAUUUCUCUCUCCUUU